GGGUUAAACACCCUCGGUUCAGUUGUUUCAGCGGGUCGCUUCAUUCCUCUGCCCGCUUUGCAGCGCAGUCUGUCGGGUACAUGGUCGGAUACCGGUCGGGAAGCAGCCAUGUUGUUCUAACGGACCACCGGAUGACCCCGCAGGAUGAAUGGAUACAAACCUCCAGCUCUCGGCGCCGGCGUCUUCGGCUCCUACGGCUCUCAGACCAAUGGCCAUCGCUCCCCUCAGCCUCCUCAGAAUAAAGCUAAGUCAGCGGCCAAAGCUCUCUAUGAACAAAGGAGAAGCUUCACCAGAACGAGCAUCAACAGCCUGACGGACACGUCUCAGUACCACGUGGAGCACCUGACCACCUUCGUGCUGGACCGCAAGGAUGGGCUGGUAACCGUGGACGACGGCGUGCGGCGCCUCCGCCUGCUGGACGCCAAAGGGAAGGUCUGGACUCAGGAGAUGCUGCUGCAGGUGGAGGAGAAGUCCGUCAGCCUCAUCGACCAGGAGACCAAGAAGGAGCUGGAGAACUUCCCCGUGGGCUCCAUCCAGCUCUGCCAGGCUGUGAUGAACGCCUGCAGCUUUGACUCCAUCUUGGCUCUGGUGUGCAAAGAGUCGGGUCAGACCAAGCCGGACCUGCACCUGUUCCAGUGUGACGACAUCAAGGCCAAUCUGAUCCACGUGGACAUAGAAAGCGCCAUGAUGGACGCCAAAGCAGGCAAAGUGAAGAGGAGGCCGGAGGCGUUAAAGAUGAUCCUAAAGAGUGACGGGGUCAUUCCCCCCCCCCCCGCCUCUCCCGCCCCAGGACCCCCUCCCCCGCCGUCCAAUCAGGUGGACGUGAGGAGCCGGGCGGCCGCGUGGUCGGCGUGGACCAAUGAGCAGCAAGACUGUGGGAAGCAGCGCCGCAGCUCAUUGGUCGAGGGGCCGGUGGAGAUCUCCGCUCUGGAAGUGGACCGAGACGUGCAAAUCCUCAACCACAUCCUGGACGACAUCGAGCUCUUCGUCAACCAGCUGCAGAAGGCGGCCGAGGCCUUCAGCCAGCUCUCCAAGAGGAAGAAGGUGAAGAAGGGCAAGAAGAACGGUCCUGGAGAGGGCGUCCUCACGCUGCGCUCCAGACCUCCGGCUGAGGACCAGUUUGUCGACUGUUUGCAGAAGUUCAAGCACGCCUUCAACCAGCUGGGGAAGCUGGCGGAUCUCAUCCAGAACCCGAGUGCCGAGGAGCUGCUUCACUUCCUCUUCUCUCCUCUCCGGAUGGUGAUCCAGGUGUCCGGCAGUGUGGAUCUGGCUCGCAGCGUCGUGGUUCCUCUUCUGACCCGAGACGCCAUCGACUUCCUCCACACCUCGGGGACACCGGAGGAGAGACACCUGUGGGUCGCCCUGGGAGACGGCUGGACCAAAUGCAGGUUGGAGUGGCCGAAGCACCACUACUUCCCCCCCUGUGCGCUGACCUUCCAGGACGGCUGGGAGCCGCCCACGCUGCAGGAUGUUACCCAGCAUGCCGAGGGGCUCACUGAGGCCGGGGUCCAGAGACCAGAGGACUCGAGGAUCGGCCUGGAGACCCCCCCCCACGCAGACGCCUCCUCCUCCUGUGGCUCCUCCAGAGGGAUGCAGAUCCUGGACCAGGAUUCGGCGGCGGCCUUCGAUCAGGCUGUCAGCCGCCACGUAGACGGCAGUUUGGACGCCGACAGCAGAAUUCAACCCAAACUUUUUGCCAAAUGUAAAUACGACUUUGUGGCGAGGAACAGCUCGGAGCUGUCGGUGCUGCGGGACGAGGUCCUGGAGGUGCUGGAUGACAGGAAGCAGUGGUGGAAGGUGGGGAACGGCGCCGGGGCGUCCGGCUACGUGCCCAACAACAUCCUGGAGAUCAGCGGCGGCGUGGAGGGCCGAGUGGAGCCCAUCUACAGCCACACCAUACAGCUCAUGAUGCCAAAGAAGGAGUUUGAGUUGUUUAAGCAAUUACUGGGAGAGUUGAACGAGAAGCAGACCACUAGGACCGACCCCGGUAAACCGCUGGUGACUCCGAUGCCUCCGCCUCCCACGCCGCCUCCUCCGGCGCCUGCUCGGCUCCCCACGCCGCCGCUGCCUCCGCCCGCCGCCGCCACCGUCAGCCGCCAGAACAGCGCCACCUCCAGCGAGACCGGUGGCGUCGCCAUGCGGGACCACAGAGGCCACAAAGACCACCAAGACCAGAGGCCUCCGCCCGUCACCCGGAGGAAGUCCAACAUGGAGGAGGUCCAGGACGAGCUGAUGCACAGACUCACGCUGGGUCGCAGCGCUCAGAAGAAGCUUCCGGUUCCUUCUCGCGGAGGUUUGCCCUCAAACAGCAUCACCUACGACUCGUCAGCUGAGGACGUGAAGGCCUGGCUGGAGGCCAAAGGCUUCAGUCCAGUCACCAUCACCAGCCUCGGCGUGCUGACGGGCGCUCAGCUCUUCUCCCUCAACAAGGAGGAGCUGAGGACGGUUUGUCCCGAUGACGGCGCUCGAGUCUUCAGCCAAGUGACGGUCCAGAAGGCGGCGCUGGAGGUCUUCUUCUGAGCCUCCUUUGAUCUUCUGAAUCUGUUACCACAUUCAUUCAGGUAUCGCCUCCCCAAACGGAAGCUGCCCUCUGCUCGACAGAUUUGAGUUUAACUGGGACCCACUAAUCUUAAUCUGGACCUGUCUGUCUUCUGAUCAAUAUGUUCAUUGAUCAACUAAAGACUAAAAACUAGAAAGCACCAACAAACCAAUAGUUUGGAAUCACUCCGUGACGUAAACAUGACCUGAUUCUGUCGGUCAGAACCAAGCUCUGACCUUUCAUGUGUAGAAGGACUUGAAGGUUGUAUUUCUCCCGUAGAGACCAGGAUGUAGACCUUCUCCCAGCGCUGUGCUAGCUUAGCUUUGAUUAGCGUCCAUGAUGUCACACACGUAUUAUUCAUAUUUCAAUCUUUGGUCUUUUGACAAUUGGCUCAAAGGAGAAUAAAAGUCACUUCAUUAAUAAUAAAUACAGUGAAUACAUGUAAACAUUUACAUUUUAGUAAAUAAAUUAAUGCAUAAUUGACAGUUUAUCAUUAUUUGUAUGUAUAUGUAAUUAAAUGUAUGUUGAAUGUAUUUCUUUGACAACUAUUUCUUUUCUACUAAAAUAUAUUAAAAUAUUUUCUUUUCUUCUACAUAAAUUAAUGUAGAAACGAUAUCUGUUUAAAUACCUAUUUAGUACAUAUUGGUAUAUUUUAUUCAUGCAUUCAUAUUUUGAUGAGUCGUACUAAUCCUGCUUUCAACCAUUUUAAUACCAUUUGCUUUUUGUUUGUUGCAACAGAACUUUUGUGUGACCAGUUUUACAAAGUACUCUGUUACCCAGCAUGCACCCUGCCUCAACCAGCUGACUCCCUGUGUAUCUCCAUGCUCGUCAACGCGCCCAGCGGCUUCCUGAGCUUCAGUAGAAACAUCUUCUACUUCCUGUUUAGAGUCUGCGUCUCACCAGAUGUUUGUCUCCCGUCUCCAGAGGAGCUCAGGCUCAGAGCUCCAGGAGAUCAUGAGGAGGCGGCAGGAGAAGCUGGCGUCCAUCACCUGUGACUCGGGCGUGGAGUCUUUGGACGAAUGCAGCGCCCGCUGAGCUCCACGCGGCUUCCUUCCCUCCUUCCCUCACCUCCUCCCCCCUCACCUCCUCCCCCGCCACUUUACUUUUGUUUUACUUCCUUCCAACUGCGUCCUGCUGUCUUCUCAUCCUCUCCGUCUCCAGGCGGAGCACGCCGACUUUGUGGAGAUCAUGCGGCGCCGGCAGAAACUACUCGUCUCAUCUCCAUAGCAACAACGAUCAAACCGAAAAAGAGCGUUGGAUCAGAAAUACGUUGAGAGAAUAUUCGGCGUGUUUGCCUGAAGCUCUCGUUUCAGGAGGUGAGGAGAGUUUGUCUGUAUUUAAGGACGUUGUCAUGGCGACGUGUCUCAUGAUUCAGCAAUGCCAUCUUGUUUUUCUUUUGCAACCAGUGAACAGGAAGUAUACAUUUUGCCUCUGGUAGAGACCUGUCAAUCAGCAUAUAGCCCCGCCCUAAAGCAUACAAGACAUGCAAUAAAUCCACAGAGAAGUAGAGUCAUUUCCUCAUAGACGUCUAUGGGAGCAGAGGAGUCGCCCCCUGCUGGUCACUACACAGAAGUAGAGUCAUUUCCUCAUAGACGUCUAUGGGAGCAGAGGAGUCGCCCCCUGCUGGUCACUACACAGAAGUAGAGUCAUUUCCUCAUAGACGUCUAUGGGAGCAGAGCAGUCGCCCCCUGCUGGUCACUACACAGAAGUAGAGUCAUGUUCUCAUAGACGUCUAUGGGAGCAGAGGAGUCGCCCCCUGCUGGUCACUACACAGAAGUAGAGUCAUUUCCUCAUAGACGUCUAUGGGAGCAGAGGAGUCGCCCCCUGCUGGUCACUACACAGAAUGACCUGAUUUAUAUUUUUCUUUACUAUCUACAGAAUGUAGAUACAAGCUUCAUCCAAAUGUAAUAAAAGUAUUCAUCACAAUGGCUUAUAGAAGUGAGAAAGUUCUGUGACUUCAAAGUAAAGAUCAACAAGGAACACAAACUAAAAUGUAUUACAAUAUAUUGAUCACGUAAACAUAAUAACAAUUGUACAUUUAUGACCCAGAGGAUUAUAUUCAUAGUAUGUCAUCUAUUUGUUUCAUGGUAGUAGUUUAAAAUAGUUGAUUAUAAAGUCAAUGAGGUAACAUCUUAUGAUUUAGAUUUUAUUGGAUUUGUUGAUCAGCAUUUUUUGCACAAAUAAUAAAGAUGUAAUUUUUUUAUUGCUGACGUUGCUGAAAAAUCAAAACUGUUGAAUGUUACAGAUGUAAAUGUAUUUUUUAUCCAAACACUGAAUUGAAUGUUAGUCAGCUGACUCAGCAAAGUGACCAUCUUUAACUUGAGUCUCCUUUAGCAUCUGACAUGUGUGACAUCAUCAUGUUUGAGUGACGUCAUCAUGUGUGACAUCAUGUGUGACAUGUGUGUGAUGUCAUCAUGUGUGUGUGACGUCAUCAUGUGUGUGACGUCAUCAUGUGUGUGUGACGUCAUCAUGUGUGUGUGACGUCAUCAUGUGUGACAUCAUUUGUGUGAUGUCAUCAUGUGUGUGAUGUCAUCAUGUGUGUGAUGUCAUCAUGUGUGUGACAUCAUGUGUGUGACAUCUGAGUGAUGUGAUUCCGACUCGUAGAACCCUGAGAACAUAGAACCACAGUAACUGUUCUUAUGAAACAACUGUUACCGUGGGAACAGCGUAGAACCGUUAGCGCCUUUGGGACGUUCUCAGCGACGUGAACGGAACCAACAACAACAACAACAACAACAACAGACUCACAACUGCUUCACUCUGAUUAAAAAGAGAAUAUUUUGUAUGUUUUUAGGAAUUGUUACUCUGUAAAAGCGUAGAAAUUCAAAGAGGAAUUUAAACACUUUUAUAUUAUUUUAUAGUAAAAUGCUGUAAAAAAUAAUUUGAGUAUGAAUUCUUGUCUGUGUGUAUAUAUAUGUGUGUGUAUUCUAAUUGAUAUUGAUAUUGUAUUUAUAUAUUCUAUCUAUAGAUGUGUAUAUAUUUAUAUGUAGAUAUGAUAUAUAAUAUAAAUAAGGCAAUCCUUCCUUAACUCAUCGAUUGUAUUCAUUCUGUUUUCCACUCUUGCUCUUAAGUUUCUUUUGGUCGACUGAACAAAGUUUAAAAUGAUGUAAAAAUAAUUAAAGCUGAGUAACAUUUGUGUGUGAAAUGUCUGCGUCCCAAACAGUUCUAGAAGCCAACGAAACACAAAUGUAUUUGUGUGUAUGUAGUCGACAUUGUGCCUUUUUAUACACAAAUCUGCUCAUUCUGCAAUAAAACAUAACUUCUCAUUGA